GAGAGAGAGAGAGAGAGAGAGAGAGAGAGAGAGUGUGUGUGUAUGAGGGCAGCACUGAGUCCUCAGGAUGAGCCUGCGCUUUGAGGCUGUUAAACACUAGACCCUGAGGGCAUUCUCUGUGGUUUCUCUCUGCGGGGAAACUGCUUGUGCAUCUCCGCGCAAGAGACAGGAAAAGUGAACUGUUAUCAGCCGUAGUUGUAGAGGUUCAUAUAAAUGCAUCUGGCGUCCAGCUGAGAUGCCGCGACACUGACGGUCCUGCCCCGUCUGUCGAACCGGACCAAUGAUGAUGAUAAUGAAGAUGAUGAUUUCUACACGGCGCGUGUAGCGCCAAAUUCACUACGAGACACUUCAGUCUGAUCGGUGCUCAUUCCAACUUCAGAUGGACUACUUUCACUCUUCACUGACCAGUAAAAUGAAUUGGAUCACACUCCUGCUGGCCGGCUUGACUUUUUGGGGCAAAGUGUCCAUGCACAGUUGCUUAGAUUACGAUGACAGCUAUGAUUAUUAUGAAGAGGAGAAAACAGAGACGAUAGAUUACAAGGAUCCGUGCAAGGCUGCUGUAUUUUGGGGAGAUAUUGCCUUGGAUGAGGAAGAUUUGAAAAUGUUUCAGAUUGAUGGGACGAUAGAGCUCUCAAAGCAGUCACAUGGGAGACAGGGGCACACGUCUGGUGGUCUUGGUGAGCACAAUCCUAGUAAGAAGAGAGGCUCGUUAUAUCUGUUGCUGGACAGAAUACGGCGUUUAGGCUUCGAGUCGUGGCCGGUGAACAGCAGUAUAGAUGUGCCAAACUCUAAGGCUGGAGUUAGAAGUGUAAACAGCAGCAAAGGUGUGAAGUCUCGAGUGCCACGCGCUGCCACAUCCCGAGCAGAGAAGAUCUGGCCCGGAGGAGUCAUCCCUUACGUCAUAGGAGGAAACUUCACCGGAAGUCAGAGGGCCAUGUUUAAACAGGCAAUGAGACACUGGGAGAAACAAACGUGUGUGACUUUCAUUGAGAAAACCGAUGAGGAGAGCUACAUUGUCUUCACCUACAGACCCUGCGGGUGUUGCUCCUACGUUGGGCGCCGUGGCAAUGGUCCCCAAGCAAUAUCCAUUGGAAAGAACUGCGACAAGUUUGGCAUCGUUGUUCAUGAACUUGGGCACGUAAUUGGCUUUUGGCACGAGCACACGCGGCCUGACCGUGAUGAUCAUGUGACCAUCAUCAGAGACAACAUUCAGCCAGGUCAGGAGUAUAACUUUAUCAAGAUGGAAUCAGGGGAUGUCAACUCUCUUGGUGAGCCAUAUGAUUUUGACAGCAUCAUGCAUUAUGCCAGAAACACUUUCUCCAGAGGAAUGUUUUUGGACACGAUUCUUCCCUCUCGUGAUGAGAACGGCAUCAGGCCUGCAAUCGGUCAGAGAACUAGACUCAGCAAAGGAGACAUAUCACAGGCCAAGAAGCUGUACAGAUGCCCAGCCUGUGGCGAAACACUGCAGGACUCAGUGGGUAAUUUCUCAUCUCCUGGAUACCCCAAUGGAUACCCGUCAUACACACACUGUGUAUGGAGAAUCUCUGUCACACCUGGGGAGAAGAUAGUGUUAAACUUCACCACUAUGGACCUGUACAAGAGUAGCCUGUGCUGGUAUGACUACAUCGAGGUUCGUGAUGGAUACUGGAGAAAAGCGCCACUGCUAGGUCGUUUCUGUGGUGAUAAAAUUCCAGAGGUUUUGGUCUCUACAGAUAGUCGGAUGUGGAUUGAGUUCCGCAGUAGCAGCAACUGGGUUGGAAAGGGAUUCGCAGCAGCCUAUGAAGCAAUAUGUGGAGGGGAGAUCAAUAAGGACUCUGGACAGAUUCAGUCUCCAAACUAUCCAGACGACUACCGUCCAUCUAAAGAGUGUGUGUGGAGGAUCACGGUGUCUGAGGGCUACACCGUGGGCUUGAGCUUUCAGGUCUUUGAGAUCGAGAGGCAUGACAGCUGUGCGUAUGACUACCUAGAAGUAAGAGACGGUUUGUCUGAGACCAGCCCUCUGAUUGGACGUUUCUGUGGCUAUGAUAAACCUGAAGAUAUUCAAGCCACUUCCAACACCCUCUGGAUGAAAUUCGUCUCUGAUGGGACUGUUAAUAAAGGAGGCUUUGCUGCAAACUUCUUCAAAGAGGAGGACGAGUGUCUGAAACCAGAUAACGGGGGCUGUGAGCAGAGAUGUGUGAACACAUUAGGAAGCUUUAAGUGUGCCUGUGAUCCUGGAUAUGAACUGGCCCCUGACAAAAAGAGCUGUGAAGCUGCAUGUGGAGGUUUGUUAACUAAGUUGAACGGCACAAUUACCACCCCCGGCUGGCCUAAGGAAUACCCCCCCAAUAAGAACUGUGUGUGGCAAGUGGUAGCCCCAACUCAAUACCGCAUAUCUAUGCAGUUUGAAGCCUUUGAACUAGAGGGAAAUGAGGUGUGCAAGUAUGAUUUUGUUGAGGUGCGGAGCGGCUUGUCAUCUGACUCAAAGCUUAAUGGGAAAUACUGCGGUACAGAAGUUCCUGAGGUCAUCACCUCCCAGUACAACAACAUCCGAAUCGAGUUCAAAUCGGACAACACUGUUUCAAAGAAAGGCUUCAAAGCCCACUUCUUCUCUGAUAAAGAUGAAUGUUCGAAGGAUAAUGGUGGAUGCCAGCAUGAGUGUAUCAACACUAUUGGCAGCUAUGUGUGCCAGUGCCGCAAUGGCUUUAUACUGCACGAGAACAAACACGACUGCAAGGAAGCUGAGUGUGAGCACAAGAUCCACAGCACGAGUGGAACCAUCAGUAGUCCGAAUUGGCCUGACAAGUACCCAAGUAGGAAGGAGUGCAUCUGGGACAUCACCGCCACCCCCGGCCACCGUGUCAAAAUCUCUUUUAAUGAGUUUGAGAUCGAGCAGCACCAGGAAUGUGCAUACGAUCACCUUGAGGCCUUUGAUGGUGACUCGGACAAGGAACCCAUCCUGAGCCGUCUGUGUGGCAGUAAGAUUCCAGAACCGCUCAUCUCCACGGGCAACAAGAUGUACCUGCACUUCAUCUCUGACGCCUCAGUGCAGAGGAAAGGCUUUCAGGCCACUCAUUCCACUGAGUGUGGCGGCAGGCUGAAAGCAGAAGCACGGCAGAAGAACCUGUAUUCUCAUGCUCAGUUUGGGGAUAAUAACUAUCCCGGCCACACCGACUGUGAGUGGCUCAUAACGUCAGAGUCAGGUUAUGGCAUAGAGCUCACCUUCACUACCUUUGAGGUAGAGGAGGAAGCCGACUGCGGGUAUGACUACAUCGAACUUUACGAUGGCUACGACAACGGAGCGCACAAACUCGGACGCUUUUGUGGAUCUGGGCCUCGUGAGGAGCUUUACUCUGCUGGCGGUGCCGCGUUGAUCCAUUUCCACACAGAUGACACAAUCAGUAAGAAAGGUUUCCAUAUUCGCUACACUAGUACAAAGUUCCAGGAGGAGUUACAUACACACAAGUAACAGCUUCUGCAGAGGUGAGAGAGACUCGAAAGGGACUGAUGACAAAGGAAUUAUGUGUUACAACACAAAGGAGAAAACGGACUCCAGAAAACUAUAAAAAAUAUCGAUUAAUUUCUGUCAAUCAAAGACCCUCCCAUUAUGUAAUUCCUGCAUUGGAUUUGCCUCUUCGUAACAUAUGCUCAAUGGAAGUGCUGUCAUUUUGACUCAUUGACCAAUCGGCUGCUCUUAUUUAUGGAGAAGAUUCGCCCACUGGAGCACAGAGAUACUCUGCAUAGGACCAGUACAUUAAAUCCAUCCUAUGAUCUAUGAAACCACAUUCCCCUGAAAUACACACAUAUACACUCAAACACAAGAACUGUUUUUGUUGGCUCACUGUUCUUCAGACAAAAAAAAGGUGAUAUAUAGAUGUGAUGGAAAAUUAAGCUAUAGAACUCAUGUGUGCGUGUUUGCAUGUGUUGUGACGUUCUGAAAAACAUGGAUAGUCUGGCUGCUGAUGCUGCACCACACUGUACCUCAACGUGUGUGUGUGUGUGUGUGUGUGUGUGUGUGUGUGUGUGUGUGUGUGUGUGUAUUUAUCACUUUGUGGGGACCAAAUGUCCCCAUAAGGAUAGUAAAACUCGAAAUGUUUGACCUUGUGGGGACAUUUUGUCGGUCCCCAUGAGGAAAACAGCUUAUAAAUCAUACUAAAUUAUGUUUUUUGAAAAUGUAAAAAUGCAGAAAGUUUUCUGUGAGGGUUAGGGGUAGGGUUAGGUUUAGUGGAUAGAAUAUAAAGUUUGUACAGUAUAAAAAACAUUAUGUCUAUGGAAAGUCCCCAUAAAACAUGGAAACACAACAUGUGUGUGUGUGUGUGUGUGUGUGUGUGUGUGUGUGUGUGUGUGUGUGUGUGUGUGAGAGAGAAAGAUGACUGAGGCCUUCAAAUACCAGCCUGUUGAUCAGAACUCAUUCAAGUGUUUUAUUAUUAUUUGGCCAUCAUUUUACAGUUGUUCUGUACUGCAGGAGCAAUUUUCUUUCCAUCAAAAGUGCAAAAGUUCAAGGCAUUCAAGUAUUAAAAUGGACACUAAUCAGUGAUGUGUAGCCCUAUUUCACAAUAAGCUUCCUUACAUACUGUAUACUGUAUGUAGCCUAUUUCUUAUGUCUGCUGUGACAGACAUAAGCAAUUCAAAGUGAGUUUUCACUUUAAGAUAAUACCAUGUGCUCUACUCAUGUUGAAUAACCAUGUUAAGAAGGAUGGUUGUUUGAUUUCUGUAUUAUUUGUUUUGUGUACACGAAAGGUUUGUACUUCAUUUUUCCAAUGGUGAAGCCAAUCUUUCAUUUGCAGUAACAGCUCUUGGAUCAAAAAUUAUGAACAUAAAACAUCCCAUAAGCAGGAAAUUAUGGCAUACAGCUUUGCAUAAAAUGUUAUGUCCGUUACAGCUGUGACAACUGACUACAACCACCAUAACCCUGUGCGCUUUAAAUGCACUUAUAACAGAUUAUAAAUAAGACUGUAUGGAACUGUGUGCUUUAAUUCAAUUCUCCAAGUAAGUUAAUGCAUUUUACUUCAAAUGAACCCAUGAGCAGUACCAAUGGAGCAGCAUUUGAGUAAAAAGACUUAGAGAAAGCUCACUCAAAAUGGAAAUUUCACAAACUCAUUGCAAGGGAAUGUUCUCUGAUGCUACAUUCCCAAUAGGUUUUCUCUGCGUCUGAAACGUUCCCUGCUUGGAAAACAUCGCAGAUGGCAAAGCAAUCGCAGUUGAAGGGAAUUCCUAUGGUGCUAUUCAGUGUCUCAAAAAACAAACAAAAAGAAAGACAAUUCCCAUGAGGCAAUGCCCCAAUCAUUCAGUGAAUGUGUUGGUGCAAUGGAGAGGCAACGCUGAAAUAAUGUUGCUUAUUAACAGAAAGAACAUUGAAAAACUUCUCACAGCAUUGACAGCACGAGUGUUGUGGAGUAAAAAUGAUUGCCUUAGAACCAAAAUGUACAUUCUUGCACAUGAUGAUGUUUCCGUAGAUAAAUGUUGUUGUUGUUGUUGUUGUUUUGAAAUUAUGAUUAUAUUUUAUUGAUAUUAAGUUUAAAUAAUUUUUUUAUGUUAAAAAAAAGAGGCUCAAACAGACUGACCUGAAGUUGUCCCCUUUUGUCCAGUUUAAUACACAAACAUCCCUCCUCAAACACCAGAUUUGAAUGCUUUAAAGUCUGCAGUUGGACACUGCGUGAACUGUGAUUAUAUGUGUGCAUCUGUUCGUCACUUGACCUGUGCUGAGGGUUAGACAGACACAUCACAGGUCAUGUGACUGCUGUGCAUGUUUCUGUAUGUGCCAACCUCCUGUUAAGUAACCUCUUGAUGAACUAUGACAUGACAUUGUGACACAUGAUUUUAUUUUCCUGUUUCAGUGUCAGUCUAAUUAAAAAAGGACACUGCACUGGCAACAGUGAUUAAAUUCAUUUCAGGU